AUGACUGUCCGGCAAGGACCGGCGCGUCUGGCCCAGCGGCUCCCCGAGCUGAUGGCCAAGCCGGCCUUCCGAUCGUCGGUUGCCGCCCGAGCCUUCCACCAGCAGACCAGCAAGCGCAGCAGCAUCAGCAUGGCACCGCGCAGCCUCACGGCCCAGCUGGCGACCGGGAGCAGGAACGCGUUCGCCCGUCCCCAGGCCAGGUCGUACUACCAGCAGGCGCAGCAGGCGCAGCAGGGCCAGGGCGCCGGCACGCGCAAGCUCCUGGUCGGGGGCGCAAUCUUCGGCGGAACGCUGGUGGCCAUCAACAUCGUCUUCAACCGGGAGACGCGUGACGACGGAGGCAUGCCCGUCUUCGAGCGGGACUACCUCAACAACACCUUCCUCCACACCGGCCUGGGCAUCGGCAUCAUCGGACUCACGGCGCGCCAGAUGGUCAACACCGGAUUCGUCUACAGGCUCAUGGUUACGAACCCCUGGGUCGUCGGUCUCGGUGGUCUCGCUCUGAGCUUUGGCACCAUGAUUGGUACGCGCUCCAUCAGCCCUGACAACUACGUGGCCAAGUAUGCCAUGUGGACCGCCUUCAACGCCACCCAGGCCGCCUUUGUCGCUCCCCUGCUCGCCUUCGUCCCCCCGGCUCUCCUCGGCCGCGCCGGCCUGUACACGAUCGCCAUGAUGGGUGCCCUGUCCGUCGUGGGCGCCACGGCCAAGCAGGAGAAGUACCUGUACAUCGGCGGUCCCCUCUUGGCCGGCGCUGCCAUCGUCGCCGUCUCCGGUCUCGCCCCUCUCGUCAUCCCCGCCACGGCCGCCCGCACGCUGGCCUUCACCGAGAACAUCUGGCUGUACGGUGGUCUGGCCGUCUUCGGCGGCUUCACCCUGUACGACGUCCAGAAGGUGCUGCACCACGCCCGCCUGGCCGAGAGGGGAGUCAUCCCCCGCGACCCCGUCAACGAGAGCAUCUCUCUCGAGCUCGACUUCCUCAACAUCUUCAUCCGCAUGGUGCAGAUUCUCAUGAUGCAGCAGAACCGCAAGAAAUAA